AUUGUUAUUAUCAACUGAAAAGAACAGCCUCUGCCAUACUCUCUCAGUCGCUCCACCAACUCCGGCGUUUACAACCACCGCAGGUUAGCUUCCGUUCAAGAUCCAACAAUGGCCACCGCCACUUCCGCUGCUGCAUCAGCCUUUAUAGGCACCCGCUUGCUGAACGUGCAUUCGAGUUUGGGCCGGUUCCAGGCGAGGUUUGGGGUUGGCGCAAAAAAGGCUGCGCCCAAGAAAGUCUCAAAGCCCAGUUCCGAUCGUCCACUGUGGUUCCCCGGAGCUCAGGCGCCCGGGUGGCUAGACGGGAGCUUGGUGGGCGAUUACGGGUUCGACCCGUUCGGGCUGGGGAAACCAGCGGAGUACUUGCAGUUUGAAUUGGAUUCUUUGGAUCAGAACUUGGCAAAGAAUGUGGCUGGUGACGUGAUCGGGACCCGGACGGAGAGCUUCGAAGUUAAGCCCACGCCGUUCCAGCCGUACACUGAGGUGUUUGGGUUGCAGAGGUUCCGUGAGUGCGAGCUGAUUCACGGGCGAUGGGCCAUGUUGGCUACUCUGGGUGCCCUCGCCGUUGAGUGGCUCACCGGAGUGACCUGGCAAGAUGCCGGAAAGGUGGAGCUAGUAGAGGGAUCGUCAUACCUUGGGCAACCUCUUCCAUUCUCCAUGUCUACCUUGAUCUGGAUCGAGGUAUUGGUGAUCGGCUACAUCGAAUUCCAGAGAAACGCCGAGCUUGACCCUGAGAAGAGGCUGUACCCAGGAGGAAGCUACUUCGACCCACUUGGAUUGGCAUCUGACCCAGAGAAGAAGGCCAGGCUUCAACUGGCGGAGAUCAAGCACGCCCGCCUUGCCAUGGUCGCUUUCCUGGGCUUCGCCCCCAAUAAACCCGCUAACAAUGCGGCUGACGUGGCGGACGGACGUAGGAAAUCAGAGAGUAGCACGUGAAUUUCGCGAGGCCAAAGAGUACGGAAUCUUCCUUUUCCA